ACCCUGCCCCCGGCCCUCGAACCCCCCUCCACCCUGCCCCCGGCCCUCGAAUCCCCCUCCACCCAGCCCCCAGCAGCUGACCGCCCCUCCGUCGGCCCCCCUCCACCCACGGGGUCCAAUGGCUCAGUGAGGGUGGGGCCAGUCCCUCCUCCGCUCUGCACGCAGGACACGUCCAUCAAGUGGAUUUUCAAAUACAUCAACACCGUCAUCUCUUGCAUCAUCUUUGCGGUGGGCAUGGUGGGGAAUGCCACUCUGCUGAGGAUCAUCUACCAGAACAAGUGCAUGAGGAACGGCCCCAACGCCCUCAUCGCCAGCCUGGCCCUGGGGGACCUGAUCUACAUCACCAUCGACAUCCCUAUCAACAUGUACAAGCUCCUGGCCGGAAGGUGGCUCUUGGAAGACCAUCCUUUCGGACUCUUCCUGUGUAAACUGGUCCCCUUCCUGCAGAAGGCUUCUGUGGGCAUCACAGUCCUUAAUCUGUGUGCGCUCAGCGUAGACAGGUACAGGGCGGUGGCCUCAUGGAGCCGGGUCCAGGGCGUCGGCAUCCCGCUGCUCACGGCUGUGGAGAUCAUCUCCAUUUGGGUCCUGUCCAUCUUACUGGCUGUGCCAGAAGCCAUUGGGUUCAGCAUCGUCACCUUCGACUACAAAAACGUCACAAUGAAAACCUGCAUGCUCUACCCACAGACCCCAUUCAUGAUGUUCUACAUGAAUGCCAAAGACUGGUGGCUUUUUGGCUUCUACUUCUGCGUUCCUCUGGCCUGCACAGCCAUAUUUUACACCCUCAUGACCAGUGAGAUGCUCCACCGCAGGAAUGGGAGUCUGAGGAUCGCUCUGAGCGAGCACCUCAAGCAGAGGCGAGAGGUGGCCAAGGCGGUGUUCUGCUUAGUGCUGAUAUUUGCACUGUGCUGGUUUCCUUUGCAUCUCAGCAGGAUAUUAAAGAAAUUAAUGUACAUUCCCAGUGACACCGGGCGCUGUGACCUGCUCAACUUCUUGUUGGUGCUUGACUACCUCGGCAUAAAUCUGGCCACUGUCAACUCCUGUAUAAACCCCAUCAUCCUCUAUUUUGUCAGCAAGAAAUUCAAGAACUGUUUCAAGUCAUGUCUGUGCUGUUGGUGUCACUCAGGGAUGUUGGUAAACAGCAUGGUGCCCCUGAAUGGGACGAGCGCUCAGUAUAAAACACAGGAGGCCCACAAUCACAACCAGGACCGCAGCCUGCGGAAGGACAGCAACACCUAAGCCCCUCCCCCCGGACACCCCCCCCCCCCCCCCCCCCCCCACUGACAGGAGUCAUCAAAGCUUCAUCAGGGCCAUCUGCACCCUAAAGGACAGAAACAGACCUGAUCUGGUGACACAUGCUAGAAUCUCAGGUUUCAAAAUCAGCUUUCACUUCUGCAGGAAGACUGAAGUGAUGCUGAGUGUGACGCAGCAAGAAAUACAUUUUACAAGAACACGACGGCAAGCCCAUACAAUGAGACCAAAGUGUCCUUAACCACGUUUCAUAGCUCUCCCAAAACCCUGAACAAAGUCAACACAGGAAGGGCCAAGAAUGCUUGCACAGGACGAAAGGGCACGGUAACAGGUCACAGGUGAAAGCAAGCUAUAAACAGCUCUGCUCAGCUAGCACCAUGUCAGUCCAUUCAUCCUUUAUCUAUACCCCUGGGCAGGGUCGCGAGGGGUGCUGGAGCCUAUCCCAGCGUGCAUUGGGCGAGAGGCAGGAAUUCACCCUGGACAGGCCACCAAACUAUCACACACCAUUCACUCACCAUUCGCUCACACUCAU